UAUACAAUUUAUGAUUCAGGUUUAGAUGUCUGUGCCACUUGCCACAAACAUGCUACCUGCAAGCAAACAGAAGGGAUGAAGAUGUGUAUUUGCAAGUACGGAUUUGUGGGCAAUGGGAGGACUCACUGCGUUGAUAAAAACGAGUGCCAGUUUGGAGCCACUGUGGUCUGUGGAAACCACACAUCUUGCCACAACACCCUCGGAGGCUUUUAUUGCAUUUGCCUAGAAGGAUAUCGAGCCACGAAUAACAACAAAACAUUCAUUCCCAAUGAUGGCACCUUUUGCACAGACAUAGAUGAGUGUGAGGUUUCCGGCCUGUGCAGACAAGGAGGACGGUGUGUGAACACUUACGGAAGUUUCGAAUGCUACUGUAUGGAUGGGUACUUGGCAAAGAAUGGGCCUGAGCCUUUCCACCCGACCAGAGAUGCCACGUCAUGCACAGAAAUAGACUGUGGCACCCCUCCUGAGGUCCCAGAUGGCUAUAUCGUAGGAAAUUAUACUUCUAGGCUUGGCAGCCAGGUUCGUUAUGCUUGCAAAGAAGGAUUUUUCAGUGGCCUGGAAGAUACAGUUUCAAGCUGCACAGCCUUGGGCACGUGGGAGUCCCCAAAAUUAAAUUGCCAAGAGAUCAACUGUGGCCGUCCUCCGGAAGUGCAGCAUGCGGUCCUGGUGGGGAAUCACAGCUCCAGGCUGGGCAGUGUGGCUCAUUACGUCUGUCAAGAGGGCUUUGAAAGCCCUGGAGGAAAGAUCAUUUCCAUUUGCACAGAGAAAGGCACUUGGAGAGAAAGUCCUUUGACAUGCACAGAAAUAAUUGCAGAAGUUAAUGAUGUAUCAGUGUUUAAUAGCAGCUGUGUGAGGUGGCAAAUAAACCCAGGAAGAACAGUCUCCAAGAUUAUCUAUGUGAUACACAUAAAAGGACAACGGUUGCACCCUGUGGAAUCAGUUCAUGAGGAGACCGUCAACUUGACCACAGACAGCAGGACCCCCGAAGUGUGCCUAGAUCUGUACCCAGGCACCAACUACACCGUGAGCAUCUUCACCGCCCUGCCCACACGCUCCGUGCCCACCAUCAUUGGGUUCCAGACAGCUGAAGAUGAUCUCUCAGAAGAUGAUGCAACUUUCAAUAUUUCAAUAUUCAGCGAAGCUUGUUUGAAACUGAGCAGGGGCCCUAGGAAAGCUGGAUCAGAACAAACGUACCAAUUUAAAGUUCUGGGUCAGAGGUGGUAUCUGAAUAAUUUUUAUCAUGCCACAUCAUUUAACUUCACAACGAAGGAACAAGCUCCAGUAGUGUGUUUAGACCUGUACCCAGCAGCGGAUUACACAGUGAAUAUCACUCUACUGGGAUCUUCUGAGCAGCACUCAGUGCAAAUAACAAUGACAACUGCACCAGCAGUAAAACAGAUCAUCAGUAACAUUUCAAUAUUUAAUGAAACCUGCUUGAGAUGGAGAAGUACAAAAACAGCUGAUACAGAGGAGAUGUAUUCAUUCCACAUUCAGGGCCAGAGAUGGUAUCAGAAGGAAUUUUCCCAGGAAAUAAUCUUUAAUAUCACUACCAGCAGUCAGGCUCCCGAGAUGUGCUUGGACCUGCAUCCGGGCACCAACUACAGUGUCCACGUCCAGGCUUUGUCUUCUGAAUUUCCUGUGGUCCUCUCCCUGACAACCCAGAUAACAGAGCCUCCCCUUCCAGAAGUAGACUUUGUCACAGUGCAUGGAAAGCCUCUACCACAUCUGAGACUGAGGAAAGCCAAGGAGAAAAAUGGACCGAUCAGUUCCUACCAGGUGUUGGUGCUUCCCCUGGCCCUCCAAAGCACGUUUUUUUGUGAUUCUGAAGGGGCUACCUCAUUCUUUAGCAACACCUCUAAUGCCAGUGGAUAUGUGGCUGCGGAACUACUGGCCAAAGAUGUCCCAGAUGAUGCCAUGGAGAUAUCUAUUGGGGACAGGCUGUACUAUGGGAAAUACUAUAAUGCACCUUUGAGAAAAGGGAAUGAUUACUGCAUUAUAUUACGAAUCACAAGUGAAUGGAAUAAGGUGAGAAGAUGCUCCUGUGCAGUUUGGGCUCACGUGAAAGAUUCGUCAUUCAUGCUGCAGCAGAUGGUGGGCGUUGGGCUGGGCUCCGUGGCUGUUGUGAUUAUUCUCGCAUUCCUGUCCUUCUCAGCCGUGUGAUUGCAGACGGGCACUACCUGUGGAGGAUGCACGGUGCUGAGGCAGAUGUUAUGGCUGUUUCUCAGGUGCCUGCCUAGACAGAGGCCCCAUGUGGCUUCCACCCAGGUGUGUAUGGGUCCGCAACUUUUUCCAUUCCCAGCUUGGUCCCGUUUCUGGAUUCAGGAUGGUGAAUACCUCCGUGGAAUUCCCCAAAAGGAGGAAACUCAGGAAUUGCUGAUGUCUUCUCUGCUUGCUACACAAUCAGUUCUGUGUGUGAACGUGAGACCCUUGAUAUACAAUAUAAUAUUGACCGCAGGCUAAAGAUCAUGUGGGCUGGACCCUUGUCUUCCUCUGAGUGAUACCUGAGAGUCAGCUCUUCUGGACAUUGAAUACAAGAGAGUCUCUGCAUCUUCCUUUAUGGCAUCUCUGAAUUAAUUUGGAAUCCAUCCUUUUACAAUGAGCGAUGAGGGGGACUUAAGUUUGGGCUAGAAUUUGCCUUUAUGAAGGAGGUCAUUCAAAAGGAUAGAGCUCAUUGACAGUAGGCAAACUCAUCAAACAUUUUAGAAGCAACCCUUUUCUUACAAUCGAUCGACAUGCUAAUAGUAUACUAACCCGGCCUGACUCCAGUCAGUUCCCUGCAAUGUGUGUUAGGCAGUGUCGCUUUGAUACAGAUCCAUUGGUUUACAGGUAAUCAAAAGCCACAAGUUUUCAUUCCAAUAAAAAUAUUCUGUUAAUUUAGUCAGUUCUUCUCUUCCACA